UGAACUUUAAAGAUUCUUAAAUUAACUUUGAGGUGAAAGAAAGAACAAAACAUGUCACGCAUAGCACAGUCCAGAGGAAACUUACUCUUGACACCCUCUUUACCGAGAGCUAUGAAGUUCAACUUAACCGUUAGUUGCGCGGAUGGGCCAAGAAGAAAAUAGGAGCAAGCACCAUUCAAAAUCUGCACACAACGGGUUCAGCUAACUUACAAAACAUAGGAUUCUACAAGAUCAUGGACUCUAAGCACCCCCACCUCGAAAAGGCAGGAGACGUAGACCGCCAGACACGACUCGCACAACUUCGUCAGUUUGUUAUGGAUGGCUCUCUCACUAAUGAAGAACACCGCUACGUGAAAAUUCUCCUAUCAAGAGUCAACAUAGACAUCAUAAGUGAGCUACCAAUUGAGCUCGUGGCACAGAUUGCGGACUUCCUAGGUUUGCGCGAUUUCGUUACCUGUCUCGCUGUCUCCAGACGAUGGCGAGGAAAGUUCCUUUCUAUUAUAAAUGCUGUCACAGAUGAGCUAUGUCCAUCGCUACGUCAUAUAUCAAUGGGCACCCCAUUAGACCCAAACGAAUGUCUAAAAACCCUUCACAGGAUAGGACGCUUGCACCGGCAUUUUUUCGAGUCCAGUCUUGAGAAGUCGUUUUCUUGGCAAAACGAGUCAUAUUUUAAACUUGAUCCCGAGUAUCAUGGCCGCCAUAAAGAUAUGUCUGCUGCUUAUGCGCAAUUUGAUUGCCAACCUGAUCUCGAGCCGGAUUCCUCCGCAUAUGAGAAUGCUUUAUAUUCUCAUGGUAGGAUAGCGUGGCAACCUUGGCCUCGAAUCAUUGUAGUCGAUAACCUAUGGUCACGGACACGAAAGGUUUUCACUUCACCGAAGGGUCCGCUUGUUCAUCCAGAAUGCAAGCUUCAAGCUCUAGGGGAUAGACUUGUCAUAGCAUCCAUGGACCGUCUCUUGACCGCGUGGGACCACAUCGCAAACAUUUGUCUUGAAAAGAAGUUACCCGGAUCUAUUAGAUAUGUUGCAACUAGAGGAUCUGAGGUUGCCAUAAUUCUCUUCAGCGGAGACGUCUUCUUAUGGGAGUUCGGCGGUAAAUUCUCGACGCUCGCAACCACGCCAUUGAUCAACUAUCAUGGCUUCACCAACGAACUCACCAAAGACUGGAAGCAGAAUCUUUGCGUUAUAUUCCAUCCAACAUGCACCAGGAAACUUUUUCUGGCCUCCGGAUACACCGAUAGUUCUGGUUCAAAAUUGACGCUUAAACGCAUGGUCUACGAAUUCGAUGAUACCAGCCAUACAGAGACUUUUGAAUCCGAAAUUUCAAUGGGAAAAAAAGUACGCACUACCCAAGUCCGAAUAGGAAAAGGAAUGCCUUGUCACCGCGAUAUCAUAGGGUUUGUUGAAGUAUACCUGUUCGCGGACCCGCCAAUCCCAGUGGCAGCAUCCGAAUCUUUCGUCGAAUUUGACAUUUACAAACGGAAGUUCUUUGAGAGAACUAACGAGAGGGGUUUCCCUCAUAUUAACUGGGUUAUGGGACAUAAACACGGGGAUGUAGAUUUUCUUAUUCAGUUCCACGAUCGUGGCUUCACGGCCUAUAGCUUUCAACCCGGAUUCGACUUGAAAAUUGGCGAGUGAGUUUCCAACACGUAAUGGAUCAAAUGAGAAUAACAAGUUCGGAACACACUCAGAGUAACAGUCGCCUACUUUAUAAACUACCGAAUACCCUCAUUAGAAUCAUGAAGGGCUUUGGAGCUGGUUGAUGUGAGAGUUCUUCAGUCAAAAUUCGGCGCCGAGAUAAAUGACACAAAACCAUCCUGUCAACGUACAAUAUCUAAGGCGCUGUGGCACAUUAACGAAAGAGUCAUUAGUGUGUCUAAAACCUGUUAUUUGCCAUGGUAACCUUGGAAGGAAUAGACUACGUUACACCCUUAACUCCUAGAAGCUAUUUUGAAGGCAUCCAUAGGCCGGAUCAAGGAAGCUCGAGUUGAAUACUACACCAAACAUAUCGCCCCGAAAGAUUUAUUUGUUAGGGAUGGUUAUAUUCUCCGUGGUGUCGUUUACGGGUGUAACCAAAACCUCGUUUGAAUAAAUAACUGUCUGUCUAAUCAUCCAGGUGACUUUUGGGAAGGUAUACAGCCGAGUCCGAGCAGAGGUAUAUGCACUGCAGUCUAGCAG